AUGGCGCGCAAUUUCCAGCUCUUCGCAAUAAUACCGGUCCUGGUGAUCGCGACGGCCACGGUCCUCGCAUUCCUCUGCGUCUUCGCGGGAAAUAAGCCCGGUUUCAUGGAGUCCUACUCCAUCUUCACGCUCAACACGACCCGCCUUGGACAAAACGCCGUCGAGAAGGUGGACAAUAAGAUUCUUUCUUUCAACAUCACGAAAGUCAUUACGAAGCGAGAUGUGCCUGCGCCGGCGCAAGUGGUCGUGUUCGAUGCUAUGAUCACACCACCACCGGAGCUGCAGGCACGACAACUCGGCGACUUCGUGAACGAGGUCAAGUCAAAAGCCGACGGUGCGCUCGAUAAUGUCGAGGGCGCGAUUUCGAGCAAAGCAUCCGAGGUGGGCGGCGCGAUCGAAUCGGGCGUGAACUCAGUCGAAGGACUCGUCAUUUCGAAGAUAAAUUCGGCGUUUAUGUCUGUACAAACGGCAAUGACAGACACCAUCAACGACGCAUACACCGACACAAUCGACGAACUGAACCUCAAAGGAGCCUACGCAGUCUACCUCCGCUCCACUUGCUCAGGCGAAUACGUAACUCCCGACGGAAAGAACAUCACAAUUGGAGAAAGCGCAUUCCCACCCAACGGCACCAAGAUGGACGUCAACCGCUGCUCACAGCACUCCUCUCUGAAUCCGCUCGGCCUCGUCCGCGUGCUUUUCUACAUCGGCAUCAUCUUCGCCGGUCUGUCAGUCCUCCUCGGCAUCUGGGCCACGUUCUGCUUCAGCCGCAAACUCGCAAUCCUCAAUGCAAUCGUCGCUCUGCCAGCGCUCGGCUUUCUCGGCCUCGCCACAGUCGCAACCCACGGUUUCGCCGUCGCCGUGUCAAAGAUCCUCAAUCUGCUUACUGGUAAGCUGGGACUAGAGACAGAUUACGGCGGUAAAUGGAUCGCCAUGGCUUGGGCGAUGACAAUUCUAAUACUGGUUGACAUCGGGCUAUGGACCAUCCUGGCCCUUUUCGGCGACCACUUGCAUACACCACGGAGGAACAAGACUGCCAAGGGCCUGCCCGAGCAUGAAAUGAAGGCGGUACACGGGAAUGGUUCUCCUCCAUCGGAGCGUUUCGACGGCAGCAGGUUCUGA